CCUGCCCUGUGCGGGGUGCGAAGCUUUAACCCCCGCCCUCCACCAGUGUCCCGCUGCUGCCGGCCGCUCUCCUCUCGCCCCGGGGACAUGGAGCCCGAGCCCGAGUCCGAGUGCGCCGUGUGCCGCUCGCCGUGCCCGGACGCCGGCCGCCUCCCCUGCGGCCACCGCCUCUGCUCCGAGUGCGCCCGCUACUUCGGCACGGAGCUGCGGACAGAGGCGGAAUGUCCCCGCUGUCACAGCGAGCCGGGCACCCCGGCCGGGGCCGAGGCACCGUCCGCCCCCGCUGCCGGGGGGCAGCCACGGGAGGUGGGCGGAGAGCGGGGGCUGUGCAGCGAGCACGGGCGGCCGCUGGAGCUGUACUGCGAGGAGGACGGGGAGUGUGUGUGCGGCCCCUGUACCGCCACGGGCAGGCACAGCGUCCACACGCUGGUCAGCCUGCAGACGGCACAGGACAACAUCAAGGGCAAGUUACUCAGCCGGGUGAAGACUCUUUUCCAAAUUCAACAGAACUGUCACUUCAAGUACCAAGAUCUGAAAAAGUCUGAAAAUGAAAUUAAGACGCAGAUCACCCGGCUGAAAGGGAACCUGUCCAAGAAGUUUGCUGAGUGGCGGAGGAGCCUGGAGGAGGGGGAGUCGGCCUUGCUGAAGAAGGUGGACGAGGAGGGUGACCGCUUGCUGACCAGCACUUUCAAGUGCUCGGAGAUGUUGGACCAGAAGAUGGAUCUGAUUCAACAGAUUGACGACAGGGCCCAGGACCUGUCCCAGGCAGACCCUCUCACCUUCAUCCAGGAUGCGAAAGAGCUCCUUUCUAAGGCCUUGGAGAUCCGAGAACAGACAGUUCCGACCCUUCGCAAGGACACGCUGAACAUGAAACUGAUAGCGGAGUAUGCCAAGGAGCUGGUUGAUAAGUCCAUGGUCUACCACUCGGUGAUAACGAGCAUCAUCGGUGAAUGGGCACGCCUCACCUUGGACCCCAGGACGGCCUACUGGUUUCUGACCAUCUCGGAGGACGCGCGGUCACUGAUGUUUGGGUAUGACCUGCAGCCCUACCCGUCCAAUCCUGAGAGGUUCCGUACUCACCGGCAGAUCCUCUGCUGCCAGAGCUUCACGUCGGGCUACCACACCUGGCUGGUGGAGGCCGAGGGCAUCGCCUGGGGCCUUGGGGUGGCCUAUGGGAGCAUCCCGCGGGAAGGCCACGGCUCCGACCUGACCAACAGCGAUAAAGCUUGGUGCCUCCACUUCAGCCACGGCUCGCUGACCGCCAGCCACCAUGGCAACCACACCAACAUUGUCAGUGACCCCACCCACAGCAGGUUUCAGGUGGAGCUGGACUACGAGGCCGGCAGCAUCUCCUUCUACCAGGUCGAUGAUGCCCCUAAACACUUGCACACGUUCCAAACCACCUUCACCGAGCCCGUGUUCCCAGCAUUCUCCUGCUUCUACAUUUCCUCGCUGCGGCUCUGCUAAACCGAUGAAAAUGAAAGUCACGAGCUGGCCAUUCAGCCCAUCUACUGCCUACUGCGCACAUCUUCUCACUUUGAUUCAGGAAGUCCCUGCUGACAACCAUGCACCUAACCCUAGGCCAACCCUUUCCCCAUCUGCUACCUUGUCUAUUCAGCCACCUAUGUCUGCUAGGCACACCUUCAGGUCAGAGAAACAGGCCAUUUGGCCCGCUGACUCCUUGCUGGCCACCAUGCAUCCAAGCCUAGCCCAGCCCAUUCCCCAUCCCCUACCACGUUUUUUCAACCUUCCCUUCAAAUAAUUUGCUCACCUUUUCCACCUAUCACCUCCCAGCUUCUCACUUCAUCCCCCACCCACCCACCUUCUCCAUCACCUAGUCUCACCUAUCACCUUCUAGCUUGUACUCCUCCCCCUCCCCACCAUCUAAUUCUGGCCUCUUCCCCCUUCCUUUCCAGGUCCUGAUGAGGGGUCUCGGCCGGAAAAGUUGAAUCUUCAUUCCCCUCCAAUGAUGUUGCCUGAGUUGCUGAGCUCCUCCUGUGUUUUGUUGUGGAUUUCCAGCACCUGCAGAAUCUCUUGUGAUAGAAUUAAUUCACUCUUUUGAUUUGAGCUCCCUGGGAGUGGAUUCCACAUUCCCACCCCUCCCUUGAUAAAGGGGUUUCCCCACAACUUCCCUUGGUCAGAGAGUGUAGAGACAUGCAGCCCAGAAGCAAGCCCUUCAAGUGACCAAGAUGCCCACUCAGGCCAGAUCCAUUUGCCCGCGUUUGGCUCAUCUCCCUCUAAACCCGGGGUUCACAACCUUUUUUUUUAAUGCCAUGAACCACUACCGUUAACUCCGUGGACCCCAGGUUGGGAACCCCUGCUCUAAACCUUCACCUGUUCACUUACCUGCCUAAAUGUCAUGUGCCUGCCCCUAACACACCCUCUGUCAGCUCGUACCCGAGGGCAUGCGUUUAAGGCAAGCGUGGUAAUUCCAAAGGAGAUGUGAGAGGCAAGUGUUUAACACAGAGAGUGGUGGAAUACGCACCCGGCGUGGCAAUAGAGGCAGAUAUUUUAGAGACUUUUAAGAGAUGUUUAGACAGGCACAUGAACGUGCAAGAAAUGGAAGGCUAUGGACAAUAUGUAGGCAGAAGGGAUUGGUUUAGUUGGCCACUUGAUUACUAAUUUAACUGGUUUAGCACAAUCUUGUGGGCUGAAGGGCCUAUUCUGUUUUGUGUUCUCAUUCCAAUGCCCACCACCCUCGGUGUGGAAGUUGUCCCUCAAGUCCCCUUUAAAUCUUCCCACCCCACCUCUAGUUUUAGCCCCCCCCCCACCCCACUGCCCUGGGAUAAAGACUGUGACCGUCCACUUUAUCUCUGCCCCUUGGGAUUUUAUAUUGCUUCUAGAAUAUAAAAGCAAGGAUGUAACAUCGAUGCUUUAUAAGGUGCUGGUGAGGCCUCAUUUGAGUACUGUGAGCAGUUUUGGGCCCCUCAUCUAAGAAGGGACGUGCUGACAUUGGAGAGUUCUCAAAGGAGGUUCACGAGAAUGAUUCCAGGAUUGAACAGCUUGUCGUGUGAAGAGCGUUUGUUGGCUCUGAGCCUGUGCUCACUGGAAUUGAGAAGAAUGAGGGGAUGGGAGUUCCCGUUGAAACCAAUCUAAUGUUGAAAGAGUGGAUGUGGAGAGGAUGUGUCCCCUGGUGAGGGAGUCUAGGACCAGAGGGCUCAGCCUCAGAAUGAGGAGGAAUAUCUUCAGUCAGAGGGUGGUGAGUUUGUGGAAUUCUUUUCCACAGGCAGCUGUGGAGGCCAAGUCAUUGGGUAUACCUGAGGUAGAGGUUGAUAGAUUCUUGAUUGGUCAAGGCAUGGAGGGAUAGGGGGAGAAGGCAGGAGAUUGGGGUUGAGGGAAAAGGAUCAGCCAUGAUAAAUGGUGGAUCAAAUGGUCUAGCUCUGCUCUUAUGUCUUAUGGUCUUUCUGAGAUAUACGACCCCAUCAGCCUCCUACACUCUGGGAAAAUACGCCCCAGACUCUCCUUAUAAUCAAGCACUCUAGUCCAGAUAACGUGCUCAUAAAUCUGUUCUGCUUCAUAACGUCCUUCCUGUAGCUGGGCGAACAGGACGGUACACAAUGCUCCAAGUGUGGUCACACAACAGCCAGUACGGCUGCUACGUGAAGCCCCAGCUUUUGAACUCAGCUCUGUAACCAAUGAAAUUCACCACCCCCUGCCUCUCUGCUUUCAGGAAACCAUGUACCCGUGUUCCCAGGUCUCCGGCUCUACAAGGCCCUGCCACUUACUGUCUAGGUCCUGCCCUGGUUUAGGUGACCAGAAUGAAAGACAGCAAGUGUGGGCUCACAGGCUGGAGACGCCAGGGCAAAAUGCAGAUGAAUAGAGUUGAGGAUGAAUUUCUUCAGAGGGUGGUGAAUCUGUAGAACUGAUGAAGGGUGGUAGUGAGUUAAAGAGACUGUGGGGUAGGGAUCCUCAACAACGCUUCAGACCUUUUGAAUACAACGCUCCCGGGAAAAAGCAGGAAUGGCGGAGGGAGCCCUUGGUGGUUUUCACUGUCCUCUGCAGGGUCUAGCACUGACGUCUUUCAGCUUCUGCACCGUACCAAGAUGCAGGCGGACAGGAGGCUCUGGGUGGUGCUCUUGUCGAAGGGAGGCUGGGGAGGCUUGCGUGCCUCAGAAAGGGUGGAUGCUGCUGGGCCUUCUUGACGAAUGAGGAGGUUAGAUCAUCCAUUAUGCGCACACCAAGGAUGUUUGGUCUGGGACGACGACCACAUGGACGGCCUAGAAACAGUGUGGAUUUAGAGAGAGUGGUUCCACUUGUUUAGGGCACGAAGCUUUUGUUGUGGGACAGUCACCCCAAAAUCCAAGAUUCAUUUAUUUAUCCCAUGUAUGUAGAAACUGCUGUUAGGGUAUUAUGAGUACAUUUGAGGCCCUUAUCUAAGAAAGUGUGUGCUGACAGUGGAGAGAGAGUUCAGAGGAGGUUCAUGAGAAUGGCCAUGGGAACGAAAGGGUUAAUGUGUGGGAGGUGUUGGACAGCUCUGGGCCUGUACUUGCUGGAGUUUAGAAGCAUGAGGGGUUCUCAUAGAAACCUAUUAAUAUUGAAAGGCCUAGACAGAGGGGAUGUUUCCUAGGGUGGGAGAGUCUAGGACCAGAAGACACAGCCUCAGAAGAGAGGGAUGUCCAAUUUGAACAGGGAUGAGGAGGAGUUUUCCUUCAGCCGGCGGUGGGGGUGGAGGGGUGACUCUAUGGAAUUAAUUGCCACAGACUGUCGUGGAGGCUGAGUCAUUGGGUAUAUCUCAAUUGGAGGUUGGUCGGUUCUUGAUGAGUAAGGGUGUCAAAGGUUACAGGGAGAAGACAAGACUAGGGGUUGCGAAGGAUAGUAAGACAACCAUGAGCAGACUCGAUGGACUGAAUGGCCUAAUUCUGCUCUUAUAUCUUAUGGUCUUAUGGAACAUACAGUGUGUUUGUGUUAAAAAGCAACACAACCUAAGGGUCAAGUGUUACUUCACAUUACGGAGCUGGCACAGCGUGCCCACAGUGGUCAGCACCGCAACACACAAGCAAAGACGAAAACCACAACAGCAGAAGUAGCCCCUCCCUCCCUCCCUCCCUCCCUCCUACCCACAAGCAGUCCUCUAACACCAGGGCGGGCUGGCUCCAGGUCUCUAUCUACAGUCCCCAACCCAGGCUCGCAAUCCCUGGCAUGCCAUCGGCUCCCCAGUUUGCUGACGUGGGAAACCUCGCGCCCCAAAGAUGAAAGAACCCGAACCAGCACUGAGGGAUCUUGGGUCCAAGUCCUGAGCUCCCCUAAAGUGCCCACACAAGUAGGCGGGGUGGGAACAAGGGUACUUGGCCUGCAUCGUGACUGUCAGAGUCACGUCUUAGCUAUUUCAUAGUUUGGCCAAGGCACAUUUGGAGUAUGGUGUACAGUGCUCAUUAGGGAAGGACGUGAAGGCAUGGGGAGCGUGCUAGCGAGGUUCACCAGAACGCUGUCUCAAUUAGAGGGGAUGCCCCACAAUGUCAUCUUCCUGUUUGUGACUCUCCCACAUGUGGAAGUAAACACAAACACAUAAACAGAGGAGAAAGUCUGCAGACGCUGGAAGUCCAGAGCAACACACACACAAUGCAAGAGGAACUCAGCAGGUCGGGCAGCAUCUGCGGAGGGGAAUAAAUAGUCAGUGUUUCAGGCCAAGGCCCUUCGUUUGGAGUGGAGAGGAAAGGGGAAGAAGUCAAAAUGAGAAGGCGGGGUGGGGUGGGGGGGGGGGGGAAGGAGUACCAGCUUCUUAUUCUGGCCUCUUUCCCACGUCCCCUCCAAUCCUGACGAAGGGUUUCGGUGUGAAACAUUGACUCUUCAUUUUGCUCCAUUGACCUGCUGAGAUCCUCCAGCAUUUCGAAUUCAUUCCAAUUCCGCCCUCUCUCAAAUCCCCUCCCUUAAAUCCCUCUACUUUUAGAUAGGAUUACUCUGACCUAGCCUCGACAUAACAGAGGAAUAAGAAAGCACAGGCUCUGCCCUGAACAGAUUUCUGACGGCUGAGACCACUAACGCGGCUUCUUCUGUUGGUGUUUGACAGCAUUUUUAACUGGAUCUUUGUGCAGUCUGAUUCCUCCACACCAGCCAGUCCUGGUGUUGUAAAAUGUAGCGUUUGUAACAUUCCUCAGCUAAUAAAAUGCAAAG